AUGGCGUACACUUCCACCGCUCCGAAUCUGUCCUUCCCCUUCAAACAACCCUCUUCACUCCCACCCUCCGACCACCACCACCUCCGCCGCCACACCAUCCGCCUCACCACCGUCGCCGCCUCCUCCUCCCCCCUCCACCACUCAAACGACCCCAACAAAAACAAACCCCAAAUCCCCCCUCCUUCCGCCGCCCCCGCCGCCGCCAUCGUCGACACCACCACCUCCACCGCCUCCUUCACCUCCCGCUUCACCGCCGACCAGCCCAGAAAGGGCGCCGACGUCCUGAUCGAAGCCCUGGAGCGCGAAGGUGUCCGCCACGUCUUCGCCUACCCUGGCGGCGCGUCGCUCGAGAUCCACCAGGCCCUGACCCGAUCAAAGCUAAUCAAGAACACCCUCCCCCGCCACGAGCAAGGCGGCGUGUUCGCCGCCGAGGGCUACGCCCGCUCCUCCGGCCGAGUCGGCGUCUGCAUCGCCACUUCCGGCCCGGGAGCCACCAACCUCGUCAGCGGCCUCGCCGACGCCAUGCUCGACAGCGUCCCCCUCGUCGCCAUCACAGGCCAGGUCCCCCGCCGGAUGAUCGGCACCGACGCGUUUCAAGAAACCCCAAUUGUCGAGGUAACCAAAUCAAUCACCAAGCACAAUUACCUCGUCACAGACGUCGAUGAAAUCCCUAGAAUCGUACGGGAAGCCUUCUACAUCGCGUCAACGGGUCGACCCGGCCCAGUCCUCAUCGACAUCCCCAAAGACGUCCAGCAGCAGCUCGCCGUCCCGACCUGGACCCGAACCGUCAAGCUGCCGGGUUACACCGCCCGGCUCCCGAAACCGCCGGAGACUUCUCAAUUGGAACAGAUCGUUCGAUUCAUCUACCAAUCGAAGAAGCCGAUCCUCUACGUCGGCGGCGGAUCUUUGAAUUCCAGCGAGGAGCUCCGUCGAUUCGUCGACCUCACGGGAAUUCCCGUAGCCAGCACGCUCAUGGGACUCGGGAGCUUCCCCUGUGACCACGAUCUCUCCCUCCAAAUGCUCGGAAUGCACGGGACCAUGUACGCCAACUACGCCAUCGAUAACGCCGAUCUCCUCCUCGCGUUCGGUGUCCGAUUCGACGAUCGCGUCACCGGGAAGGUCGAAACGUUCGCCAGCAGAGCUACAAUCGUCCACAUCGACAUCGAUUCGGCCGAAAUCGGGAAGAACAAGCAGCCGCACGUCGCGAUGUGCGCCGAUUUGAAGCCCGCCCUGCAGGGCCUGAAUUCAAUCAUGGAGAAGAAGGGAUCUCAAUUCAACCUCGACUUCACCUCCUGGAGAGAAGAAGUUGCCGAUCAGAAGCAGAGAUUCCCAUUAAAGUACAAGACAUUCGGCGACAUGAUCCCUCCACAGCACGCCAUCCAACUGCUCGACGAAAUGACUCAAGGAAACGCGAUAGUGAGCACAGGGGUGGGUCAGCACCAAAUGUGGUCGGCACAGUACUACAAGUACAAAAACCCGCGGCAGUGGCUCACUUCCGCGGGCCUGGGCGCCAUGGGGUUCGGCCUGCCGGCCGCGGUCGGAGCUGCUGUGGCGAACCCCGGGAGGACCGUGGUGGACAUCGAUGGCGACGGCAGCUUCAUGAUGAAUGUGCAGGAACUGGCGACGAUUCGGGUGGAGAAUCUGCCCGUGAAGAUCAUGGUGCUGAACAAUCAGCAUUUGGGGAUGGUGGUUCAGUGGGAGGACAGGUUCUACAAGGCCAACAGGGCGCAUACUUUUCUGGGGAACCCGGCGAAUGAAGAGGAGAUUUUCCCCAACAUGUUGCAGUUUGCUGAAGCGUGUGGGAUCCCGGCCGCUAGAGUGACGAAGUUGGGGGAUUUGAAGGAGGAGAUGAAGAAGAUGCUGGAGAGUGAAGGGCCGUACUUGCUUGAUGUGAUUGUGCCUCAUCAGGAGCAUGUUUUGCCGAUGAUACCAAGUGGUGGCGGGUUUAAGGAUGCUAUCAAUGAAGGAGAUGGGAGGAGUUUGUAUUGA